CCCACAACAGGGAUCACAAGCACCGAGGACCGGCAGCUCAGCCAGUCAGUCAGACUGAGAAGAAGAAGCAGAAGACAAGAAGCAGAGCCUCCCAACCUCUUACCUCUUCAGCAGCUUACCCCGUCCAAGCCCGUCUUCUUCUGAGCUCCAGAACACACACGCGCGUACACACACAUCCCGGGAGCUGCGGAAGAUCCGCUCGGAGAUUCAGCUGCUUUGCUCCAGGAGAAGCCAGGAGAGCACGGCGGCAUCGUGGCUCUCCCACCACGGGCAUGUCUGAGGGAUUCCACAGGCGAGGUUGAACUCCUGCUUUCCCCCAAAGAGGAUUCAAUGAAAAUGUCUGUGUGUGUCCACGAGAACCGGAAAUCGCGGGCCAGCACCGGCUCCAUGAACAUCUACCUGUUCCACAAGUCCUCCUAUGCUGACAGUGUCCUCAUGCACCUCAACUCUCUGCGGCAGCAACGGCUCUUCACCGAUGUGUUGCUUCACGCCGGCAGCCGCUCCUUCCCGUGCCACCGUGCCGUGCUGGCAGCUUGCAGCCGCUACUUUGAGGCCAUGUUCAGCGGCGGGCUGAGGGAAAGCCAAGCCAGCGAGGUUGACUUCCAUGACUCCAUCCACCCAGAGGUCCUGGAGCUCCUGCUGGAUUACGCGUACUCCUCACGGGUGGUCAUCAAUGAGGAGAAUGCAGAGUCGCUCCUGGAAGCCGGGGACAUGCUGGAGUUCCAGGACAUCCGAGAUGCCUGUGCGGAAUUCCUGGAGAGGAACCUUCACCCAUCCAACUGCCUUGGCAUGUUGCUGCUUUCAGACGCCCAUCAGUGUACCAAGCUGUCCGAGCUCUCCUGGAGCAUGUGCCUCAACAACUUCCCCGCCAUUUGCAAGACGGAAGACUUCCUGCAACUGCCCAAAGACAUGGUGGUCCAGCUUUUAUCGCACGAGGAGCUGGAGACUGAAGAUGAGCGGCUCGUUUACGAGGCUGCUCUGAACUGGAUCAACUACGACUUGGAGAGACGGCACUGCGACCUUCCUGAACUCCUCAGAACGGUCCGCCUGGCCCUUCUGCCCGCCAUCUUUCUGAUGGAGAACGUCUCGACUGAAGAACUGAUCAAUGCCCAGGCCAAGAGCAAGGAGCUGGUGGAUGAGGCCAUCCGCUGCAAGCUGAAGAUCCUGCAGAACGACGGCGUGGUCAAUAGUCAGUGUGCUCGACCUCGGAAAACCAGCCAUGCGCUCUUUCUGCUGGGGGGGCAGACCUUCAUGUGUGACAAGCUGUACCUGGUGGACCAGAAGGCCAAAGAGAUCAUUCCUAAAGCAGACAUCCCGAGCCCGAGAAAGGAAUUCAGUGCCUGUGCCAUCGGUUGUAAGGUGUACAUCACGGGGGGGCGGGGCUCUGAGAACGGUGUGUCCAAAGACGUGUGGGUCUACGAUACGGUCCAUGAAGAAUGGUCCAAAGCGGCACCAAUGCUCAUCGCAAGAUUCGGUCAUGGCUCAGCCGAACUGAAGCACUGCCUGUACGUCGUCGGGGGUCACACUGCGGCGACCGGCUGCCUCCCCGCCUCGCCCUCGGUGUCCCUCAAACAAGUGGAACAGUUCGACCCGGUGGCCAACAAGUGGACCAUGGUGGCGCCUCUGCGAGAGGGUGUGAGCAAUGCGGCGGUGGUCAGCGUGAAACUCAAGCUCUUUGCUUUUGGUGGAACCAGCGUCACCCAUGACAAGCUGCCAAAGGUGCAGUGCUACGAUCCCCAGGAGAAUCGAUGGACUGUACCGGCAUCCUGUCCACAGCCGUGGCGCUACACCGCCGCUGCCGUGCUAGGGAACCAGAUCUUCGUCAUGGGCGGCGAUACCGAGUUCUCGGCCUGUUCUGCGUACAAGUUCAGCAGUGAGAACUACCAGUGGACUAAAGUGGGCGACGUGACGGCCAAGCGCAUGAGCUGCCAGGCCGUGGCGUCCGGGAACAAACUAUACGUGGUGGGGGGUUACUUUGGCACUCAGCGUUGUAAAACCUUGGACUGCUACGACCCAACUCUAGACGCUUGGAACAGCAUCACCACGGUACCGUACUCUCUCAUUCCCACCGCCUUCGUCAGCACCUGGAAGCAUCUGCCAGCCUGAAGACCUCAACUGGACUCAUUUCAUGAGAUUUUGCGUCAUCUACUGCACUCUGACUGAAGAGGCACUCAAAGAGAGCGACUUCACCUCUGAGAGGGAAAAGCGCUCACGCCAAACAAAACAACCAGACUGCUGCUUGCCCGUUGUGGACUCGUGUGGGACAUUUCACCCAAACACCACCACCACCACCACCACCACGCACUGUAUAGCAUGUAUUUAGACUGAAUGAUGCACACAUGGCACAAUAGAGGCGCAAAGCUCUUCAUCCGCUAAUAAGCUCCUUUCUUUGACACCCUCCCACCCCCAACCUCGGUUGCCUCUCCCCGAGGCGUGUGCACGUGGAGCUGUCGCCGCAUGACGAAGAGUGGCAGCUGAGGUUGAUGAUCUGCUAAGAGUUUUGGGUGCCCGAGUUUGAGGAAGUGAGGGGGUGUCACAACCUUGUUUUUCUGUUUGGCACCUCGCCGUGCACACAGUGGGGCGUUGCUCGACUGGACGCAAAUCCUCCGUUAGUGUGCUCAUGGUUUUUUUUGUUUUGUUUAUCAACAGCAUGUGCCCUCGUAGCGACUCAGCACAAACUGGCAUGAACUUUAAUAUGCGCUCAGCUUGUGGUAUCCUUCCUUAAUUUAUACGUGUUUAAUCCUAUUUAUUUCUCCUCUGUGUGAAUGUUUGAGGGAAGGGUGGGGGCGGGUGGGGGUCUGUCCUGCGUGGUCACGUGAUCUCAGCAGGCCUUCAUUGUGCAGUCUUAAUGAGAGGAGGGGGGAGGCUCAGAUUACCCGCAGUGUGCGGCUGUUAAGGCCGCGGGGGGUUGCCCCAACCCCGUGAAAAGAAUUCCAACUUCAGUCCAAACCUGCCUUAAAUCAGAGGCCCCCCACCGCCCCCAACCCCGGGCCCUAAAAAGUGCACCGAUGCAACAAUUAACCAUUAAGGAGGCGAGUGUCAUGUGACCAGUGGCGAGGAGUGGGCCUGACGAGGCUAAGAAUGCGGCGGUCCUUGCAGCUGUCUGUGGGACAAAUGGGUGUUUGGGGCAGGGGGCGGGGGGGUGGCCAUGUGGGGUGUUUAGAUCACAAGUUGGAGCUCCCAGUCUUCCUCCCCAUGAUCCAGUAAACUGUGCAGCGUUAAGGGCAGACACCGUAGUGCUUUUAUUCACCAUAGUGUCGAACUGUUACGCUGUCCUGUGGGGAGUUUUGCUGACAAACAGGAAGUCAUUUUGGGGGCCACUGGAUACGAAAAUGAAUACAAAUUAGGGAUGCUCCGAUUGAUCAGCCAGUGAUGUCCGCAUUGAGCCAACAAGGGACGCACUUUGUCCUGUAAGAAUCAGAAGUAGUCUUAAAACCUCAAUGGCGUCAGUUGGACAGCUUGACGCAGGCAACACCAAUCCAUGACAGCAUGAUUGAUCACUCCCUUAUCAAACCUAUUGCCCUUCCACUUGUCUCGCAUCUUUGUUUACAUGCUUUGCCUAGCUAUCACUGGCGGCAGCUCGCUAGCUAGAGUAAUCCGCGUAGCUUUCUAGUCUUGGCCCUUCAAAUUUUUAAUUUUUUACAAGCCAUGCUGUUUAGUUUGGAGCUUGUUUUUGUCCAAGGGGAAAGGGCUACAAGUGGAUAUCACGUUCAUGGGGUACGUACUAACUUUGUCACUGAACAAACGAUGUCUUGUCCUCCAAACACAGCCUUACGAUGGUGAUACCACCACACGGGUCACCUAGCUCACCAAAAGGUCAAAGAGUAUUUGUUUCAACUUGUAGUUUUUCAUUAUGACUGUUCAGACUUUGCCUUUAUAUAAUGAGCACAAGAUAGCAUGUUUGAGUGGAAGUGUGGUUGCUAAAUAAAGUAGUGUACAAUUUAAUAAAUAAAACCCUUGACCCCCCUCACUCAUAAAACUCUGAUCGGAGCAUCCCCAAUCCAAAUAUGAAAGUUGUGGACUGAUUUGACAAAAAUCAAAACAAAGUAGCGCACUAACCCGGUGCAAGGGGUUCUCAGCAUGCGAGCUACACGUGCAAUCAAGAAUCAAUCAAAAAAGUUUGAAAGACCAAAAAAAAAAAAAAGUGACAAUGUGUCAACUUGUUGCUAUGUGAAAUGUCUUAAAUGUUCUUGUCUUGGUGAUCCGUCGGCAAAAAGAAUAACUUGGCUUGGCUUUAUUUUCCCACACAAGCCAACAUUUCCCGAACAUGAUCUCCUCCUCGUCUCCUCACAUCGCCAGCAGCUCCACCAGAGCGCUACCUCCCCCGCACAAGACGGGUCUCCGUGGAAACGGACACUUAUGAAUGAGCCUUGCUUUUUGUAUCCGGAUGUCCUCCUCUGCUUUAUCUGGGAACGGUGGGAGCGCCGCUUCUUUCCCCUCCCACCACCAUCGCCAUCACAAAUCAAGACAAUGUGUUGUCAUUAUGUCAUGAUGUUUCCUUUCUAAUUCCAUGGCAUUAUUUUGUAUAUAUGUUUUUUUUCACAAUGUGAAAUCCAUGGCUGAAUAAAUAUGAGAGGAUUUUCCUCUCGGCAGUACAAAAUCUCUGCGCCAUUGUGCUCGUCAUU